CUUGUUGCUUGUCGCUAUGCCUGAGCCAGCGAAGUCCGCUCCGGCUCCUAAGAAGGGCUCCAAGAAGGCCGUCACCAAAGCCCAGAAAAAGGAUGGCAAGAAGCGUAAACGCAGCCGCAAGGAGAGCUACUCCAUCUACGUGUAUAAGGUGUUGAAGCAGGUCCACCCGGACACCGGCAUCUCGUCCAAGGCCAUGGGCAUCAUGAACUCGUUCGUCAACGACAUCUUCGAGCGCAUCGCCGGCGAAGCGUCCCGCCUGGCGCAUUACAACAAGCGCUCCACCAUCACGUCCCGCGAGAUCCAGACGGCCGUACGCCUGCUGCUGCCGGGAGAGCUGGCCAAGCACGCCGUGUCCGAGGGCACCAAGGCGGUCACCAAGUACACCAGCUCCAAGUGAGUCCCUGGCGGGACGCGGCGCUAGCUCGUGCGAGUGGCCGACCUCUUGACUCCAAAGGCUCUUUUCAGAGCCACCUAUCUCCUCCCUGAAAGGAGCUGUUUUCCUGUUGCUUCUCUCAAUUCCUUCUAAGCUCCUUUCCUCAACAGCUACCCAUUUCUUUCCUUAGUUAAUAUCCGCCAUUCUUCGGAUGACGGGAACGAACACUAGGUGGAGCCAUAUUCUGUAGGUCGGUCGAGAGCUAGCUUAAAAGUGUAUGUUUGUGUGCCCAGAUUUUGCCUGUCCCAAAAUAAACCGUAUGCAGCACAUACUGAUAAAUAAAAACUUCACAAGAACUGAGAGUGAAAGCGUGAAGCAGGGGUUAAUUAGCUAAAGGAAUUAGAUUUGUGCAAUACUGUUAAGUAACAGCAAUUUAUAUCGUUUUCAAACUUUGUAAUAACCUAAAAUAAAUAUUUGUAUGGAUAUGAUAAGGCAAUAUUCUCGAGACCAUGCCUCAAGACCCAUAGUAAACGUUUUUUUCUGUACCUGGGUAUUUCAAUUCUGUGGUUAAAGCGAUUUUUAGUUUAAACAGCCCUUUUACCUCACCUUGGUAUUCCUUCCAGUACACUGAAUAAACGUGUACUGUAUUGUUCAGUUUUAAGACGUUAAAUACCAUCAGAAUAAAAUACUACAAAAGGUUGCUUUUUAGUUGUGUUAUAGAUGGUAGACCUGUUUACUCAGGUGUUGAUACCUACAAUUCCCCAUAGUUGCAGUUUGGUAUUGUAGCAUCUUAUGGAUAAAGAUAAGAAGGAGGAAAGAUGCUCAAGGAUUGCAAGAAACCAGGCCUGCUAAUUAUAGAAUGUCCUCCAGCGAGUACCCAGCAGCUUGUAUUGUUAAAACUACUUGGCCUUAAAAAUAUUUUUUCCUUCUGUAGUGGACAAGGAGAAAACUGUUUCUUCUGUAUGGGACAAGGAAAAAAGCUGUAAUACCAUCAUAACACCCAACAAAUAUUGAUUCAAUAAUGACAGUAACUAAUAUACAAUGUAUAUUCAAAUUUCUCCAACUGUCAAAAAAAAUCCUGUAUAGCUACUUUACUACUUACCUGUGGUUGCUGUAACAAAUUACUACACACUUGGUGGUUUAAAACACUUCUUUAUUCUCUUACAAUUCUGGAUGUCAGAAGUACAAAAUCGGUCUCACUACCUAGAAAUCAAGACUGUGCUCCCUUUAGAGGCUCUAAUGGAGAGUCUGUUUCCAUCUCUUUUCCAGCUUCUAGAGGGGUUUUUCUGAUUUUAUUGUCCUUUCCUACAUCUUCAAAGUCAGCAUCCUACCAUUUUCAAAUCUCUGUUUUUAUUGCCCUCUUCUUCCCUUGACCUUGCCUUUCUCUUAUAAAAACUUUGGUGUUUAUACUUGGGGUCUACCCAUGUAAUCCAGGAUUCUCUCUCAAUCCCAGAAUCACAUCUGCAGAGUCCCCUUUGGCCAUGUAAGGUAACAUUCACAGGUUCUGGGGAUUAGAAUGUGGACAUACUUAGGGGCCAUAUUCAGCCUACUGAAGCUGUUGACUGUUAUGAGUUGAAUUGUGUCUACAAAUAACAAGCUGAAGUCUAACCCCCAAUGCCUUACAAUUUUGCCUUAUUUGGAACAGGGUCUUUAUAGAUGUAAUCAAGUUAAAAAUGAGGUCAUUAGGGCAGGCCCUAAUCUAAUAUAAUUGGUAUUCUUAUAAUAAAACAUAGAGAAACACAGGAAGAAGACUGUGGCAGAGAUUACAGUUGUGAUGCCUCAAACCAAGGAAGAACUGGGGCUACCAGACACUGAAAGACAAGAAAAGCCCUAGUGGCUUUGGAGAGAACAUGGCCCAGCAAACACCUUGAUUUCAGACUUCUAGCCUCUAGAACCAUAAGAAAAUAAAUUUCUGUUGUUUUGA